AAAAAAUUUACCCUAAUAUCUAUUGUCUAUGCAACAAAAUGCCAAACAACCAUCGUAACAGCUAAUAGAGAAGGAUCGGAAAGGAUGAGGGUAAACAUAGGAAGGCUCGUAGCUCUCGUUAUACUGGUCAACAUGUUCAUGGCGACGUGCAUUUCAGUAUCCCGCUCUUUCCGACCUCUAUUACACUCCUCUUAUCCCUUUAAAACUCCUAAACGUCUCCCCAAAUCACAUCCUUGUCCCCUUUGGUCGUCUUCUUUCUUAUUUUGCCUUCACAAACUCCAUAAAUCAACCUCUAUCACCUCCGAUUUUUGUUGUUCUUCUUCUCAGUCAAUGGGGUCCGAAGCUAAAUUAGUGCCAUCGGAAGAUAAGCUCGAAGAGAACCCUCUCCUGCAGGACUUCGUUUUCCCUCCCUACCAUGUUGUCGAGGCGAAGCAUGUUCGACCUGGGAUCAGAGCUUUGUUAGCGAAACUCGAGAAAGAUUUGAUUGAAUUAGAGGAGACGGUAGAACCAACUUGGCCGAAAUUAGUCGAGCCAUUGGAGAAGAUCAUUGAUCGCCUCCAAGUGGUUUGGGGAAUAGUGAAUCAUCUCAAGUCUGUCAAGGAUUCUCCUGAACUACGCUCUGCCAUCGAAGAAGUUCAGCCGGAGAAGGUUAAAUUUCAACUUAGACUGGGACAGAGUAAACCCAUUUAUAAUGCAUUUAAGGCUAUCCGAGAAUCCUCACAGUGGGAGGCAAUGACUGAUGCUCGUAAGCGUAUAGUGGAGGCCCAGAUAAAGGAGGCAGUUCUUAAUGGUGUGUCUCUAGAAGAUGCUGACAGAGACCAUUUUAACAAAAUUGAGCAGGAGUUGGAAAAACUGUCACAAAAAUUUGGGGAAAAUGUUUUAGAUUCCACAAAGAAGUUUGAAAAACUAAUUACAGACAAGAAGGAUGUUGAAGGAUUGCCUGCUACUGCACUUGGUUUGGCUGCACAAACAGCAAAUUCCAAGGGUUAUGAAAAUGCUACUGCUGAAAAUGGGCCUUGGGUGAUUACGUUGGAUGCUCCAAGCUUUAUUUCUGUUAUGCAACAUUCAUGGAAUCGGUCAUUGCGUGAAGAGAUCUAUCAUUCUUACAUAACACGUGCCUCUAGUGGAGAUCUUGAUAAUACACCUAUCAUUAACCAAAUUCUAACACUUAGGUUGGAGAAGGCUAAGAUUCUUGGUUACAACAACUAUGCUGAGGUAAGUAUGGCAACAAAAAUGGCUACAGUUGAUAAAGCGGUGGAGCUCCUAGAAAAGAUUCGUAGUGCCUCUUGGGAUCCUGCAGUUCAAGAUAUGGAAGACAUUAAGAGAUUCUCCAAAGAAAAAGGUGUCAAAGAAGCUAAUAAUUUGAGCCACUGGGACAUUGCCUUUUGGAGUGAGAGACUUCGUGAAUCAAAGUAUGACAUAAAAGAGGAAGAAUUGCGUCCAUUCUUCUCCCUGCCAAAGGUCAUGGAUGGCCUUUUUGGUCUUGCAAAGAUGCUGUUUGGAAUUGAUAUUGAGCCAGCUGAUGGCCUUGCUCCAGUUUGGAAUAAUGAUGUUAGAUUUUAUUGUUUAAAAGAUUCUUUGGGAAGUCCAAUAGCAUACUUCUACUUUGAUCCAUAUUCCCGUCCUUCUGAAAAACGUGGUGGGGCAUGGAUGGGUGAGGUUGUUGCUCGAAGUCGUGCACUUUCACGUGAUGGCACCUCUUCUAGAUUGCCCAUUGCCCACAUGGUUUGUAACCAAACACCUCCGGUUGGAGACAAGCCAAGCCUUAUGACUUUUCGUGAGGUUGAGACCAUUUUUCAUGAAUUUGGACAUGCACUUCAGCAUAUGCUCACCAAGCAAGACGAGAGUCUUUGUUCUGGUAUUCGGGGGAUAGAAUGGGAUGCUGUUGAAUUGCCUUCUCAGUUUAUGGAAAAUUGGUGCUAUCACAAGGAUACCCUAUUGAGCAUCGCAAAACACUAUGAAACUGGAGAGAGUCUCCCUGAAGAAGUAUUUAAGAAGCUCCUUGCUGCAAGGACUUUCCGUGCAGGUUCACUAAGCCUUCGUCAGAUACGUUUUGCAAGUUUAGAUCUGGAGCUGCAUACUACAUACAUUCCAAAUGGGUCAGAAUCAAUCUACGAUGUUGACCAACGUGUUGGGAAGAGAACGCAAGUGAUUCCAGUGUUGCCAGAAGAUAGGUUCCUUUGUAGUUUUAGCCAUAUAUUUGCAGGUGGAUAUGCUGGUGGAUACUAUAGCUACAAGUGGGCAGAGGUGUUAUCAGCUGAUGCUUUCUCAGCAUUUGAGGAUGCUGGAUUGGACAAUGACAAGGCUAUUAAAGAAACUGGUCUUAAGUUCCGAGAGACCAUCCUUGCUCUUGGAGGUGGAAAGUCUCCACUUGAGGUUUUUGUUGAAUUCCGAGGGCGUGAACCUUCCCCGGAGGCAUUAUUGAGGCAUAAUGGCCUCUUGCCAGUUGCAGCCUCAGCGUAAGACUAGCCAUCAUUUUUUCUGCAAAAAUGUGGUAGAGAAUGAUGCAAAGGUAUGUCAAUUCAACAUAAUUCUUUAAUGUGCACCACAUGUGGAUUAAGAUGACAAAGUUAUAUUGCAAGGAAGCUUUGCGGUUUUAGCAGUGAAAAGGAAGGCUGACAUUCUAGGUCUCAUCUGGUGAUGUUUUGCACAAGAAUUCAAAAUCAAGCCAAGAAGGGUUUAGAAAACAAGGUUAUGGUUCUUUUUCAUUGUUGCUUUAAAUGUGUAUAUAUUUUUUUCUCUUUAAUAAAAACAAUUGUAGGACCUGCUGCAUUAUUAGUUGCAUAGGUCACAUGCCAUAGCACAACAUGGCCCAACUAAGUUUCAUUUUGGUAUAUGAUGUAAGCUACAGCUGUCACAACUUGGCCCAACUAAGUUUUAUCUUUUUAUACCAUCCAAUUUCUGCGAGUUAUUCACCGUGGUUU